GCCGUCUUUCUGCAGGUCCGGAAUGUUCCAGGAACUUCACGGCUCCCCGGGGCGUCAUUAAGACCCCCGGCUUCCCAGAGAAGUACCCCAACAACCUGGACUGCACCUUCAUGAUCUUCGCCCCCAAGAUGUCGGAGAUCGUGGUGGAGUUCGACAGCUUCGACAUGGAGCCGGACACCACGCCGCCGCCGGGCGCCCUCUGCCGAUACGACUGGCUGGAGAUCUGGGACGGCUUCCCUGCAGUGGGUCCUCACAUCGGCAGAUACUGUGGACAGUCGUCUCCUGGUCGGGUCAUCUCCUACACCGGCAUCCUGUCCAUGACCAUCACCACCGACAACGCCAUCGCCAAAGAGGGCUUCUCUGCCAACUACACCAUCCGAGAGAGGAGCCUCCCCCCCGGACACACCGACCAGGACUUUGCCUGUCUGGAGCCUCUGGGGAUGGAGUCUGGAGACAUCAGCUCAGAUCAGAUCAGCGCUUCGUCCCAGUACAACUCCAACGGUCGCCUGAACGCUCACAGCCUCAACUACAGGAGAACGGGUGGACGCCGUCGGACGACACCGUCAGGGAGUGGAUUCAGGUAAACCUGUCACAAUUUGUAUCUGUUUUAGUUUGUAAACACACAAUACAGUUUCAGUUAGUUAUGUUUUUUUUCCUUUAAUUAUAGUUUUUAUUUAUUUCAGUUAAGGAAAAUGUUGUUUCCAUUCUAGUUUUGGUCAUUUGGUUCGUUUGCGUUAACGAUAAUAACCUUGGUGUGGUGGUCCACAAAGGCCUCGGUUCCUCUGAGACGCUCCUCACAUCUGGACUGAAUAUUGUUCAGUCGUUCGUUCACUUUUCUGUGCGCGUCAUCUGGACCAGAACGCAAACAGUACAAACACAUCCUUUAUUUAGAGGAAGACGCCUCUGAUGACACUUCUAUUAUUUAGCAGAAGGUUGGACUGUAAAUAUGUACAAAUGCACAAGACAAGAGGUUAUCUGGAACACUGCUCUGUUUUUGUGUUAUUAUUUAUUCUAUUUAUUUUUAUAAAUCUGGUAUUUGUUCCUGCUCUCGUGCAUUUGUAGCGUUUAUAGCGUGGUUAACCCCUUACUGCCGAAAUUCAUUUACAAUUCUAAAUAAAUAAAUGAACAGUGUUGGUUCUGUGAUGCAGAGGCUACAUUAAGUUCGUUUGAAUAUAAGACAUAUAAUAGUAAUAAUG